AUGGGGCGAUUACUUAGUCCUGAAACUUGUGCAAAAUUACAAGCAAAUCCAAAAAACAUCCGUAAUAUUUGUAUUUUGGCCCAUGUAGAUCAUGGGAAAACCUCGUUAUCUGAUUCAUUACUAGCUUCAAAUGGGAUUAUUUCUACUAAAUUGGCAGGGAAAGUACGGUAUUUAGAUUCUAGACCGGACGAGCAAUCACGAGGCAUUACAAUGGAAUCUUCUGCAAUAUCUUUAUAUUUCCGUGUUUUAAAAAAAUUGAACAACAAAGAGGAGGAGGAGGAGGGAGAUACCAAUGUUCAAGUCAAUGAGCAUUUAAUCAAUCUAAUUGACUCACCAGGUCAUAUUGAUUUUAGCAGUGAAGUUAGCGCAGCAAGCCGUUUAUGCGAUGGUGCUGUAGUUUUGGUUGACGUUGUCGAAGGGGUUUGUUCGCAAACAGUUAUUGUUUUAAGACAGUGUUGGACGGAAAAGUUGAAGCCUAUUUUAGUUUUAAAUAAAAUCGAUCGUUUAAUCACCGAAUUGAAACUGUCACCGGAAGAAACGUAUUUCCAUUUAACCAAAGUUAUUGAACAAGUUAAUUCUGUUAUAGGUUCCUUUUUUGCUGGGGAUUUAGCCCUGGAUGAUUUAUCUUGGAGAGAACAGAUAGAGGCAGGUAAUAUUGAUACUCAAUUUGUCGAGAAAGAUGAUUCUGACUUAUAUUUCCAUCCGGAAAAAAAUAAUGUUAUUUUUGCCAGUGCUAUUGAUGGUUGGGGGUUCAAUAUUGAUCAAAUUGCAAAAUUUUACGAAAAAAAGUUGGGAAUGAAUAGAAAUAAAUUGAAUCAGGUUUUGUGGGGUGACUAUUAUUUGGAUUCAAAGACCAAAAAAAUUAUAGAAAAGAAAGCCCUAAAGGGUAAAAAUUUGAAACCCUUGUUUGUAUCUUUUAUUUUGGAUAAUAUCUGGAAAGUGUAUGGGUGUGUCUUAGGUGAUGCCACUGAGCAAGGUGACCAUCAGUUAGAUAUAGCUGGCAUUGAAAAAAUUACAAAAGUUUUGGAUGUAAAAUUAACACCACGCGAUUUAAGGAGCAAAGACCAUAAGGCGUUGUUGAAAACCAUAAUGGGUCAAUGGUUACCCGUAAGCACUGCAGUUUUAUUAACCUGUAUUGAGAAAGUUCCCUCUCCUGUCGAUUCACAAGCUGAAAAGAUUGAGUCUAUUUUAAGUGUUACACCAAACGCUGAUUUAAUUGACGUGGAUUUAAAAAGUGCCAUGGAAAGAUGUGAUUGUAAAGGCCCUGUUUCAGCAUAUGUCUCUAAAAUGCUAUCUAUUCCAAGGGAAGAAUUACCUAUUAAAAACGAAGUUAAUGAGGCUCCAACUAACCAACUGGCACAGCUUGCUAGGACUGCAAGAUUAGAGGCUUUGAAGGUAGCUAAAGCGGCAGAAAGAGCUGAAAUUCUUGCAAAGCUGAACGCACAAAAUGAAGAUGGAAAAAAAAAAACACAAAACAGGAAAAAUGAGAAAAAUAAAGACGUACAAGAAUCGUAUGACGAUGGUGAUGCACUUUAUUCCAGAGCCAAAGAUACUGUCACAACACCCAAUAUUGAUGGGAUGGAAAGGCUUAAGAAAAAAUCCAAAGUGAUUAAUGUGAAUGAUACUAGUAACAUCACAAAUACUGAUGAAUUCAAGAUUGUUUCUGCUCCAGCGCCUGAAUUUCAUCUAGACUUUGAAUAUGAGAAAGAUUCUAAUGAGUAUGGUUCCGACGAUAAUGAAGACAGUUAUGUGGAUGACACUACUGGAUUAGAUGUGAAUAAUUAUGUUCCGCCCCCUAUUGAUCCCAACGAUCCCUUAAGUUCUCUAUUUGAAUAUGAAGAGGAGGAACCAAUGGACUACCAAGCAGAAGAGGAAGAAAGUUUAGAAGAGGUAUCAAAUGAAGUUUUGGUUGGAUUUGCAAGGAUUUAUAGUGGCACACUAAAAAUUGGUCAAGAAAUAUCCAUAUUGGAACCAAAGUAUGAUCCUUCAACACCUGAUAAACAUAUUAAAAGUGCAGUUAUUACUGAUUUGUAUUUGUUUAUGGGAAAAGACUUAAUUUCUUUAAACGAAGUUCCAGCAGGUAAUAUUGUAGGCAUAGCAGGACUAGAUCAUAAAAUUUUAAAAAAUGGUACAUUGAUCGAGCCUGGUAUCAAGGGUGUCAAUUUGGCAGGGAGUACCUUUCACUCUCGACCAAUUGUUCGUGUUGCUUUGGAAUCAGCAGACCCUACUCAGAUGAAUAAAUUGGUUAGAGGAUUAGAAUUAUUAAACCAAGCGGAUCCAUGUGUGGAAACGUAUGUUGAAGAUAAUGGCGAACAUAUUUUGUGCACCGCCGGUGAAUUACACUUGGAAAGGUGUUUAAAUGAUUUAGAAGAGAGAUUUGCAGGCAUUGAGAUCACAAGAAGUGACCCAGUCAUUCCAUACAUGGAAACAUAUAUUUCGACGACUGAUAUGAAUCCUCCCCGUAACUCAGAAGCUGGAAGAGGUUUUGUUCAGUUUAACUUGGGCGAAUAUAAAUUAACGUUACAUACUAUGCCAUUGGCUAGAGAGCUCACUCAGUUUCUCAUAAAUAAUCAAGAAUCCAUCAAACAAAUGAAUAAACAUAAAAAGAUUGAUAUUAAAUUUAAAGAGAAUAUAAGCAAAUUAUUGCCAAAACCAUUAAAUGUUUCAAACAUAACCUCAUUUGGUGGUAAAAGAUGUGGGCCAAAUAUCCUUUUUUCUUCGAAUAAUGUUUUAAGAAAUUACUUUGAGUUUGUUUCUAAAGACAAAUUUGCCUAUGCGGAUUCAAUAAUCAAUGGGUUUCAAUUAGCGUGCAAUGAAGGACCUUUGUGUAAAGAAGAAGUCCAAGGAAUGGCAAUAAUUGUAGAUGAUGUUUAUAAGAUGACCGAAGAAGAGAUUGCUGCAUUAUGUGUUCCAAAUUAUCAAAUAGUAGUUCCAAAUUUGAGUGGUCGGUUUAUGACUUGCACAAGAGAUGCUAUCCACGAAUCAUUUUUAGACUGGUCACCAAGAAUAAUGUUGGCUAUUUACUCAUGUGCUAUCCAAGCACCUGUGGAAGUUUUAGGGAAAGUUUACGCUGUUGUUCAAAAAAGACAUGGCAGAAUUGUUUCAGAAGAAAUGAAAGAGGGUACUCCAUUUUUCGAAAUUAUCGCACGUAUACCCGUUGUUGAAGCUUUUGGGUUCAGUGAUGAUAUUCGGAAAAGAACAUCAGGUGCAGCACAACCUCAAUUGGUAUUUUCAGGAUUUGAGUCGAUUGAUUUGGAUCCAUUUUGGGUUCCAACCACGGAAGAGGAAUUGGAAAAACUAGGUGAGUUUGCCGAUAAGGAAAAUAUAGCUAGAAAGCACAUGAAUGCAAUUAGGAAAAGAAAGGGGUUAUUUGUUGAUGAAAAAGUUGUCAAAAACGCUGAAAAACAAAGAACCUUAAAAAAGGACUGA